CGAAAUUGUUUUGGAGAUUUUUCUAAAAAUUGAAAAUGUUAAAAUCACCUCCGAGGUUUUACGAUAUAUGUUUAGAGGCCGCCGUUGCAGAUUCUGUACUCACUUGCAAUUUUUAUAAAAAGGAAUUCAGAGCUUUGCCCAACAAUGUUUUGUUUGAUUUUUAUUACAGGAUGUUUAUUGAAAAACGUCUGUGUUUGUUAGCAGUGGAACUAAGCGAUUUGGAGGUUUUUAAUCGAAUAUUAUCAGUAAAACAUCAAAGAAUGAAAUUUUUAAAAAGUUUCCAGUCCUUAAUUGAUCACGGCACAAGUAGUACAGAAGAAUUGAUCAAGGCUUAUGUCCACUAUGGUCAGAGAACAGAUAGUAGUGACUUAAAAGUUAUAGAGACUGGUUUGAGGAUAGGUGGAUUUUUUAAUGAUGGUGGAUUAUUUGAUUGUUCUAUAGAGAUUUUGAAAAUUGCCGAAAAGUUUUGUAUGAGGAGGGAAAAAGAUGUAACAACUUUGAAACUAAUGUUGGAUUGUUACCAUAAAAAAAUAUACGCGGAGGCGAUAUACUGUGAAUUUGAAAAGGCAGCUGAAACGUUUGCAGCCGCUAAUAAAGUUAUUGCGGAGUUAGAAGAGAAGAAUGCCGUACCGAAUUUAGCAGGACUGUAUGCAAAUUUUUCAUUUUUAUUUUUUGGACGCAGCGAAUAUGACGAGGCAUACAAUUGGGCAAUUAAAGCAUUAAAAUUAAUAAAUGAAGAUUUAUCUCCAAGAAUUAUCAUAGAAGUUUUACGUCAAGCGUCGAAAUCGUGCGUAGUGAAAAGAAAAUUCGCCCCAGCCGGGCUGCUCAUUUCACAAGCUGUCAACAUGGCCUCUGAAUUAUACAAAGUCGACAGUCACCCCCACAUCUCAGAUACUUUACUCGAUUAUGGAUUUUACCUCCUAAAUUUCGACUCUAUCCAAGAGAGCGUCAAAGUUUACGAAAAGGCGUUAUCGAUACGAAAACAGGUGUUCCAGAAAAACAAUAUUCGAGUGGCGUUGGGACACGAAGAUCUUGCGUACGCUCUCUACGUUAAUGAAUACAGUUCUGGGAGAUUUUAUGACGCUAGGGAAAACGUGGAACGUUCCAUCAGGAUUAUGGAAAGAAUUUUACCUACAGACCAUUUACUUCUGGCUUCCGUCAAACGGGUCAAAGCUCUCAUCCUAGAAGAAAUAGCGUUAGAUGAAAGAAACAACAUUCAGUUACAAACUCAGUAUUUUACAGAAGCACACAUUUUACAUAAAACUGCCCUCACUUUAUCGUUCAAAGCCUUCGGAGAGAAGAACGUUCAGACUGCGAAACAUUAUGGAAAUUUGGGCAGGCUAUUUCAAAGUAUGAAGAUGUAUGACGAAGCGGAGAAGAUGCAUUUAAGGGCGAUAGCGAUUAAGGAGGAAUUAUUAGGUGUAGAUGAUUAUGAGGUGGGUCUUAGCGUGGGCCAUCUGGCCUCUCUUUACAAUUAUCACAUGAAACGACACAAAGACGCAGAAAAGUUGUAUCUACGUUCCAUAGAUAUAAAUCUCAAAGUUUUCGGCGAGGCCUACAGCGGACUGGAAUACGAUUACAGGGGGUUGAUAAAUAUUUACACUAAAUUACUGGACACGUCUAAUAUGAUCCAUUACAUGUAUAAAAUGAGGGAGUGGAAGACGUUGAGGGAACAAAUUCUUCCCGUACAAAUCGAUUCCGAGUUAAAACCAAUAAACGAAGUAAUCGAAAGCUUCAUUUCUAUGACUGAAAAUGCUAGUCUCUAAAAAACACCCUUUUAAAGGUUUGUCUGUGUUAAUGAAGGUGCGCUUCAAGGGAUACAAAAAGUUUUUAAGCAUAAUCUUUUUUCUUGUAAAAUCGUGUUUUCCUUUUCUGUUUUUUUAAACUUUUUGCUCGUUUUCUUCCUCAUCAUGCGAAAGUACUAAACUCUGGUUGUCUUCCAAAGAUGAUUCUACAAAUAGAGUAACCGUGCGGUUAUGAUUCUAAUGGAUCAACGUGAUAAGUAAUAAAAAGAUGUAUCUAUAAAAAACGAGCUUUUUUAUCCCUUGAACUACCAAAAAUUCUCAUCUAUCUCUAGUCUUCUGUUUUAUUCGAAGGUGCUUGCUUCGUGACGUUUUGUUUUUUAACGAUUAAAAAACUUUUAUACGAUGGUGUUAAUUUGAUUUUAUUGGUAUAAAUGGCAUUUUUCUUUAUUAAAGUAAUCAGUUAA